AUGGUCCGCCAACAAGACUCCCACCAAGGCGGAAGCCUCGCCGACAUGGCCGCAACCGGCACAACAAUCCCCAACGACGCAGGCAAGAUGAACACCAUCCCGUCAGUCCCCCGUCCAGACCAAAGAACCGACCACUUCGGCUUCGAUAACGCCGGAAUCGCAGAGCCAUCACUCGCAAUGGCAGCCGACAACGCCACCGAUAUGCCACGCUCAACCCGCGACGUCGGCCAAACCGGCGAGGUCAUUUCCGGAACGGGAAACUCCAUGCCAGCUGGCGUGGAGUCGAAACAUGCCUACAUGGGCGCGAACCAUCAUGCUGGUCAUGGCGAUACUCGUGAUCUGAAGCAUCAGAAGUAUGGCCGUAGUGAAUUUGAGCGCUAUGCUAAGGAGGAUGAGGAUUCCGGGGACUUUGUUGGUCAGCAUGAAAUGCGCAACGAGUAA